AUGGAUUGGCCUACUAACAACCCUUGCUUAGUGAACAAGUAUGUUGCUGUGGGCAAUGAACCCUUCCUCCAGACAUACAAUGGCACCUUCUCACUAGUCACCCUGCCUGCCUUGCAGAAUGUUCAGAAAGCCUUAAAUGAGGUUGGGCUUGGAAACUGUAUCAAAGCAACUGUUCCAUUCAAAGCUGAUAUCUACAAUUCCCCUGUUUCAAAGCCAGUCCCUUCUGCUAGUGACUUCAGGUCAGACAUACGUGAACAUACAAUUGAAAUAGUUCAGUACCUCAAUGAGAAUGAUGCCCCUUUCACUGUUAAUAUCUACCCAUUCCUUAGCCUCUAUGGCAAUGAAUACUUCCCUGUGGACUAUGCUUUCUUUGAGGGGUCAGACAAUGGAAACUAG